GCACAGAUCCGGGCGUCGAUUGAUUCCUCUGCCCUAAUUCCUUGAGUGCCCCAGCCGCCUUGUUGCUGUGCGCGCUCCAAGCUCGAUCGAGAAAUGUCGGAUGAUGAGAGUAAGGAGGAGAAGGAGCUCGAUUUAUCGUCGGCGGAUGUAGUGACCAAGUAUAAGCUCGCCGCAGAGAUUGUCAACAAGGCUUUGCAAGCUGUAUUGGCGGAGUGUAAGGCAGGGACCAAAGUCGUAGAGCUUUGUGAUAGAGGUGACUCUUACAUAAAAACCCAAACGGCCAGCGUCUACAAGAACGCAAAGAAGAAGAUCGACAAGGGCGUCGCCUUCCCGACUUGCGUCUCGCUAAACAACACAGUAUGCCAUUUCUCUCCCUUGGCUGGCGAUGAGACGGCUCUGUCCGAGGGUGACAUUGUAAAGAUUGACCUUGGCUGCCAUAUCGACGGCUUUGUGGCCGUAGUCGCUCACACGCACGUCCUCCAGGAGGGUCCAGUGACUGGAAGAGCAGCGGAUGUUUUAGCAGCUGCCAACACUGCGGCAGAAGUUGCUCUCAGGCUCGUGAGGCCUGGAAAGAAGACCAGGGACGUCUCGGAAGCCAUCCAAAAGGUAGCGGCGGCUUAUGACUGCAAAGUUGCCGAGGGAGUCUUGAGCCACCAAAUGAAGCAGUUCGUCAUCGAUGGCAACAAAGUCAUACUGAGUGUUUCGAAUCCGGAAACCCGCGUGGACGAGUCAGAGUUCGAGGAGAACGAGGUCUAUGCCAUUGACAUCGUCACAAGCACUGGUGAAGGAAAGCCGAAGCUUCUCGACGAGAGACAGACAACAGUCUACAAAAGGGCCGUGGACAAGAGCUAUCAUUUGAAGAUGAAGGCCUCGAGGUUUAUAUUCAGUGAAAUAAGCCAGAAGUUCCCGCUCAUGCCCUUUACCGCCAGGGAGCUGGAAGAGAAGCGUGCAAGGCUGGGGCUGGUUGAGUGUGUCAACCAUGAGUUGCUGCAACCGUACCCUGUUUUACACGAGAGAACAGGGGAUUUGGUAGCUCACAUCAAGUUUACGGUGUUGUUGAUGCCAAAUGGCUCGGAUCGAAUCACCGGACACAGCGUUCAAGACGUACAACCAUCCUCGACCGUGGACGAUCCGGAGAUUAAGUCGUGGUUAGCCAUGGGUAUAAAGUCAAAGAAGAAAGGAGGAGGAAAGAAAAAGAAAGGGAAGAAGGGUGAAGAAGCUGCCGAGGCUAAUGAAGAAGAGGAGGCCACUGUUUAGCAAAGCAAAAAUUUUGACUGCCAGGUGUUUGUAGGCAAUACUUCGACUUGCAAAGAAACAAGAAAAGAUUCCAUCUUGGAGAGCGCCACGUACAAAGUUUGGAGGAAUUGAUUUGUCUUGCAGCAAAGUCAGACUUUUGUUGGCCUACUCCUGAGAAAAAUGAAGAGAACGAUGGUUUCUUCUGGACUUCGACAA